ACUAUAGCAAAACAUCUAAAAACAACAGUGCUGAAACUAUCGUGUUAGAGAGAAAGGCCCAAGUAUCUGGCGAUAUAACUGGCUAGUUAAGACACGGAGCUGAAAACGCUGGCUUCCGAAAGGUUUUAGAAAUCUUUCAUAAUCUUCAAAAUGUUUUCAUAAAACUUACGUUGAAGGAGAUGGCUAGUAGCUCUCAAAUCGCCUUGUUAAACCGGUAACAAGUCCGCACGACACGUAUCUAUGAGCUGGCCAGCCAACCGGUGGACCAUGUGAGGGCGCUGGGCGUAGCAGGCGUGUUCCUUUGCGAGCGAGAGAGCGCGUGGAGGAGCGGAGCGGGACAGGAACAGGAGCCGGAGGGCAGAGGAGGAAUGGGCGUGGGGAGGAACUCCACCUGCAGACCCAUGGACUCCGCCGCAGAGCCUGGCCAAUAUGAAGAGGAGACCAAACACAGCGCUAACUUCUACCCCAUCCCUGUGGUGGUUAAUGGGGGUGCUGUAGCACCUGGAGAGCAGGACACCGAGGACACCGAACUUAUGGCCAUUUACACUAAAGAUGGACAGGUGACUGAGAAGUGUUCCUUGUCGGAGACGGUGGACAGCGCGGAGCGCGUGGACGCCCGGAGGAUGGAGAUGAUCUACACCAUAGAGGACACUCCACCCUGGUACCUGUGUGUGUUCCUGGGUCUACAGCACUACCUGACCUGUUUCAGUGGAACCAUCGCUGUGCCCUUCCUAUUGGCUGAGGCCAUGUGUGUGGGGUUCGACCAAUGGGCAACCAGCCAGCUUAUCGGCACAAUUUUCUUCUGUGUGGGCAUCACCACACUGCUGCAGACUACCAUUGGCUGCCGACUUCCACUAUUCCAGGCCAGUGCUUUUGCAUUCCUGGCCCCAGCCAGGGCCAUCCUUUCACUGGAGAAAUGGAAAUGUAACGCAACAGAUAUUCCUUUGGUAAACAGCACGGAGCUCCUGCACACCGAGCACAUUUGGUAUCCACGGAUACGGGAGAUCCAGGGGGCUAUAAUCAUCUCCUCCCUGGUGGAGGUGUUCAUCGGGGCGCUGGGUUUCCCGGGCGUCCUGCUGAAGUACAUCGGGCCCCUCACCAUCACGCCCACAGUUGCCCUGAUUGGCCUGUCCGGUUUCCAGGCUGCCGGAGAGCGAGCGGGCAAGCACUGGGGCAUCGCCAUGCUAACCAUCUUUCUAGUGCUGCUGUUCUCUCAGUAUGCCCGCAAUGUGCAGCUCCCUCUCCCUGUCUACAAAGCCAAAAAAGGGUGGACCUCCUACCGCUUGCAGCUCUUCAAGAUGUUCCCUAUAAUCAUGGCAAUCCUGGUGUCUUGGUUUCUGUGUUUCAUCUUUACCGUAACGGACGUGUUUCCUCCAGAGAGGGGCAAGUAUGGCUUCUACGCAAGGACGGACGCCCGCCAGGGCAUCUUGGCAGCGGCCCCCUGGUUUAAAGUACCCUAUCCCUUUCAGUGGGGGUUGCCAACGGUAACCGCUGCGGGUGUGAUUGGCAUGAUGAGUGCUGUGGUCGCCAGCAUCAUUGAGUCUAUCGGAGAUUACUACGCCUGCGCACGUUUGUCCUGUGCCCCACCACCUCCAGUACAUGCUAUUAACAGGGGCAUCUUUGUGGAGGGUCUUUCCUGUGUACUCGAUGGUUUGUUCGGGACAGGAAACGGCUCCACGUCUUCCAGUCCCAAUAUCGGGGUCCUGGGCAUCACCAAGGUGGGCAGUAGGCGGGUCAUUCAGUACGGGGCGGUCCUGAUGCUACUGCUGGGCACUGUGGGCAAGUUCAGCGCGUUGUUCGCCUCCCUGCCUGACCCCGUGCUGGGGGCGCUGUUUUGCACGCUCUUCGGCAUGAUCACAGCCGUGGGCCUCUCCAACCUGCAGUUCGUGGACCUCAACUCCUCACGCAACCUCUUUGUCCUCGGCUUCUCCAUGUUCUUCGGCCUGGUGCUCCCCAGCUACCUCAGAGGGAAUCCCCUAGUCACCGGGAUAUUGGAGGUUGACCAGGUGCUGAACGUCCUGCUGACCACAGCCAUGUUCGUAGGAGGCUCUGUGGCUUUUAUUCUGGACAACACUAUUCCCGGCACUCCAGAGGAGAGGGGUAUUCGGAAGCUGAAGCGCGGCUCUGGUGCCUCCGAGCUGGAGCCCAUGCGCUCCUACGACCUGCCCUUCGGCAUGGAUUUCCUGCGCCGCCACCGCAUCUUCCAGUACCUUCCUAUCAGCCCCACCUUCGCCGGAUACCAGUGGAGCGUGCCGGGCGGCGCCUGCCGGGGGCGGGGCAGCCGGAAAGAGGAGGGCGUGGUCUCCAAGUUGGAGGCGGGAGAAAGCAGGGUGUAGUGCGGGCAGAACUGGAGAGCGCAGAGGCGUGGUCACUUAUCCCAGACCUACUGGCACCACCAACACGCAUGCAUUUUGUCCACCGACACACCUGGCUCGACUAAACAAUUACGCAGGUGUGUUAAAGCAGGUGCAGCACCAACGUCUGCAGUGUUGGGGGUGCUCAGGGUUUGGGGGAUGAACCACUGCUCAGAGUUGGUGGGGAGGGGUUGACCUGGUUAGGUGCUGAUUUUCCAUGCUUUACAAAAUUACUAAAUGCAAUGGGCCUUGGUGUCUUUUGUAUUGCGCGCGCACACACACACACACACACACUUUCUUUUACUUGCUUUAGCCAGCAGUCCUGAAAAACGCGGCUGUUUUUUUGUGAUGAUACACUAAGUAGCAUUUCAAGAUGGCAAUUGUGGAGCAUUCCGCUGGGGUGGGGGGGGUUAGUAAUCAUGGGACGUUUCCAUGGUGUGACAAUAUAGGUCGCACUGGUGUAUGGCUUUCUGUAAACUAGCAAAUUCACUAAAAGUUGGGGUGGGUUGGUUCUGAUUUGUUUCUGCACUGCUUGUUGUGUACAAGAGAUUAUGGGAAUUGUAGUUUGUAUUCGUGAGAUGCUUGUAUAGAUUUCGCUUUAAGCAAUGCAAACUGUAUGUGCCUGUAAACUUGGUGGACACACACAUCCAAAAUAGGUCCUCACAAUCAAGAGCACACGCACGCUUGGUGUGCAUAGGGGCCAAAGUUUUACGCAUGCAGGCGGCUUGUCCAUGUGUACGUAAUGCAAAACGUGUGAGAGGUUCGUUAACGCUACUAAUUGUAAGAAACCUGCAGAACGUAGCACAGUCGGUCACCAAUCAGGUCCUCCAUUGACCUGAUCAGUCUUCACCCUCGGUGACCAGGAGGGAGUAAGGCUUUGAGGAACCAAGCGUCCUCGUGUGGUCUGUCUCCCCCUGUCCACGGUCACCCUUCAGUCCCGCAGAGCCACUCAACAGCCCACUACUCUGUUCUGGGGGUUUCCUGCACUGUCUUGAUUUAAGGUUAAUAUGAGCACUUGUCCGUGAACGGACAGGGGAGCGUUCAAAUUGACCUGAUCAAGAGGUGUGGCAGAAUCGGCCCGUCCUCCGAAACCAAUCCCCACCCAUUUUAAUAAAACGCCAAAAAGUCGCAGCUUGACAAGAGACUUUUAGCCCGCUUAAACGGAAGCAUGCUCUCAUCCCAGCGCGCACGGAGACGCCUGUGCUGUGGGUGGCGUGUGCGCGUAGGGCCAGCGUUGUUGGCAGCAUGUGGUUUACAGGCGACGGGAGGCCGACGAACUAACGGCGCAAAAGAAAUGAUGUCUUGAUCGCGACUCUUGAGUCGUGGUCUAUUCUUUUUGAUAGCUGGUUUUUUGUUUGUGUUUUUGUUUUUGUUUUUCUAAUGAAAGGUGCCAGUGUUUUCCUCAGUGUUGUUCACUUGUAACUCUGCAAUUGAAGUCUUAAGACCCUGCACCAUUGGCGCGGAUGCAUCCUGCAGCACUAGACUGCAUUUUUAGAUAUCAAAUGCUAAAUUCAUUUAAUGUUGUUUAUACCAUGCAUUGUUCACUUAGGUUUUUGGUGAGGUGGUUUUUUUUUUUAAAUGUGCAAUUCCCUUUUUGAAGAUUAUCGUUAACAUUUCCAUAAAUGGUGCUCUGAAUCCGUGCAGUCAUCUCUUAACGUCUGUGGCGUUCACAGCACACAUGCAUGACCCUUGACCUUUCCGCGUACCUCGUUUUAAUCAUGCGCACCUGUGCCGUCACAGAGCUGAUGUGGCGUUUAUGGGUGGUGAUGUCGGAAUAACCUGACGUGGUCACGACAGCGAGAGAACACGGACAGAACCAAACCAAUACCGAUUUCCCCCUCCCCUCACUCACACUCGACGUACAAGAGUUCACAGCCUAAUAACAGGCCUUGGGUACCCAUAGUCAGACACCUGCUUUGUUCACGUAUUUAUUUAUUUAUGCGUCGUAACCGUCUCUGCUACACAGAGAUAGAUGGACAGGCGUCUCCAGUUGGAGCUUGCAUUGGUGUUGGGCCAUUGGCUGGAGAAGGAUUGCUGGAUCAUUUGUGUAAGAGAUUUGCAGCAGAACUGGUGCUUUUCCAGAGGGCAUUCCACAUACUGAGACGAUUGAAAAUGCAUUAAUGUCGAUUUACGGUAAAUUUCUCCUAUAGAAAAAUGCAAAGAAGGGGUGACCCUUUGGAGUUUUCUUUCAACGUUAAUGUGCUAUGCAGAGAUGGUGGCUUUUUUUUGUGUUUUGUUUGUUUCUAUUUACCUUUGAAAUUCUAGAAUACAGUUUUACAUUGUCGCCACGGGGCAGUGGGCGUGCCAGUAUUAGGGACCUGUAGGACCAUACUUGACUGGGUGCAGAUUGUGGCAUGCCCUCGCCCUGUUAGAGGUCUGGGCCGUGCUCACACAACACCCACAACUACACUGCACGUUGCACAACGUCUGCCCACAUAUGCGGAUGUUGGAUUGGCGCGGGGCGAGUGCGGCGGCAGCAAUCACGUUCACACUAUGCGUCAUCCUUGAAGACGUCAUGGGGCAACCAUGUGAGCCUGUCGCCUUCCGGUGCGUAUCCUUCCACCCGCAGCUCCCCGCUCAUGGUUCUACACCUGCAGUGUUUACUGUGCUGUCAGUGAUCUCUCUGUGUACUUCUGCUUCAGGUCUUUGAUCUUAAAUAGUCCAGUUUAAUGUUAUUACAUGCGAAAUGUGACUCACAUAUGCCUCUUAAGACCUCUCACUUCCUGUGUAUCUCGCUCCUUGACCCGUCAGUCACAAGGGUUGCCAUGGUAAUGGGGGAGGCUUGUGGGGGGGGGGGGGCGCUAUGGAAAUUUGAACACCGUUUUUAAAUUUAAACCACAAUAGUUGUAUAUCAAGUUUAACAACUGUAAAUAAUACAGUACUGAUUUGAGACCAAAUUGAGGUGAAAUGGAGAAGUAUGAUUCUCUGUUGUGCAGUGACUCGUGUGGCAGAAAUGGUUUUCACUUUCAAGUUGCGAGGGGUCUUGGUCAUAUAAGAGUGUGAGUCAAAGGGAAACAAACAAACCCUUCAGUUGUGUUGAGGGGGGUGUUAUCUGACUAAUGUUUGAUAUUUCUUCAGUGCCGGUUUUCCCCCCUUUUUAUACAUAAUUUUGUGUUUUUACAAAGACAUGUUUGUAGGAAUGAUCAUGCAUAUAGAUCGUAAUCAUGCUGCAAUACGCACCAUUUUGUUACAUUUUUAUUUAAGUGGAAAAAAUUUUGAAAGUUGUUUUGCUUCUUGGAAAUUGAUAGGUUUAGCGAAAUGGCUACUUUUGUUAGCUAGAACUUUUACAUAAUGUAUUUUUCUAACAUUGCUUCAAGUUUUGUCAAUAGUAGUACAAAGUGAAAGGUAAAAUACUUUUAAGACAAAUAUAUAUGAAUAUACAUGUAUAUUGAUUUGAGUACAGAGUGAGGUAUUCUGGACCAGGCUUUGUGGAUACUAAUUGUAGCAUCAACUGUUUAAUUCAUUGCUCUAAAAAUUAUUUUAAAAGAUGUUACUGAAUGAACUUGUCUGUUUACUCUU